AUGGAGUCGGGCGCACCUCACAUGAACAAUUUUCCUUUCCACUCCGCCUCUUUCCCCAUGCCGCCUGGAGAAUCCCCCCGGUCCUUCCGCCACCCGCCCUCGCGCAACUGCAGCGCAGGCGGCGAUAUGAGCUCCGAGCCUCCUCCAUUCUCGGAACACAACCCGCACCAGCCCCACGUCCCCCACUACGCGACAAACGCGCGCCAGCCGUCGUCGCUUAGAUUCUCCUUUGAUAAUAAGUGCGCGCUCGGCGCAAGACAGGAGGACUCGGGGGAGGGGCCCGCGGGGAACGCGGAGACUGCGCGGAGAGUAGGCGGAGGAGUUGACGGGGAGGGGGGUUGGGGGGCGGAUGGGGAAGCUGCGCAAAGGCGGCACAAUAAUACAGGCGCAUAUCCCGCGCAGGGGUUUGGCGGAAGCUUUGGCGGAAGCGGAGGUCCGCAGCCCGCGGGCCUCUAUCAGGCGCAGUUCUAUGGCGAGUUCCGCCAACAGGGGAAGCCCCGCAACCAGAACGGGGGGAACUGGCGGGGAGGGGACGGCGGGCCGCCUCGGGCGAAGCUGCGGAUUGGGCGGCAGCUGCGGCUGCCGCAGCAGCACGGCAGGCUUGGGAACACGUGGGCACGGUCCCUGUUGCUGCAGGCGCUGUUCCUUGAGAGCAGAGGGGGAGGCGGAGAGGGGAGAGGUGCGGAAGGGCAGGGGGAGGAGGUGGUAUGGCGGGGGGAAAGGAGGCUUGGGGGGGAGGUUGGGGGAAUGAGUAGGGAGGGUGGGGUGAGAGGGGAGGAGCGGUCAGCAUUGAAUGAUUAUGCCAUGGUGCCUUCUGCAGGAGAGAGAGCAAUGGGAGGAGGAGGCGGUGGGAUGGGAAGAGGUGGUGUGCAUGCAACGGGUAUAGGCCAGAGGUUUGUGUCUCAGAGCAACAGAGACUUUGCAGCAGCAGAAGCAGCGGCAGCAGCGGCGGCAGCAGCAGCGGCGGCAGCAGCAGCAAGGGCGGCAGCAGAGGAAGCAGCCGUUCCCAAUGCCCCUCCCCCAGCAGCAAGCGGCGAGAUCAGCAUGUACCAGGAACCUUCGAGCAGCCUGCAGAUAAGCGCGGGGAGGAAUGGGGGUACAAGAGGGGAGAAUGGAGGCAUGGGCGCAGAGAAUACAGGCCAGCAGCAGAGGUUCAGUGUGAGAGGGGGCGCUGGGGGGGACGCGGUAGGCGCAGGGGCAGGGGGGUAUGUGGGAGGUGGAGUGAGGAUGAGCAUGGGUGGUGGGGGGUUCGGUCCGUUUGGGUUGAGACCCAAGAGACCUGAGGUUAGUGGGGAUGUUGCUUCUAUUUGGCUCAACCGGUGGUUGCGGCCCCCCACUGCUGCUGCUGGCGGUGCUGGUGCUGGUGGUGCUGGUGCUGGUGCUGGUGGUGCUGGUGCUGGUGCUGGUGGUGCGCAGGAGAAUCCUCUGUCUCUCCCUGUGUCAGGUGAAUUUCCAGGUGGUGGGUCUGUUUCAGGUAGUGCCAGUCAAGAACCCCCUAGAGCCUCUGAUUAUUCUGCUGCUGGUGGGGGAAAUGCCGAUGCCGACGCUAGUGUUGAUGCUAGUGUCGAUGCGGCAGCUUUAGCAGCAGCUGUAGCGGAAGCAGAGGCGGCGAGGCGUCGGUUUGAGAGGGGGCGAGUGGCCAUGCAGAGCUGGAAGAGCAGGAGCAGACCCGCUAUUGCUCACACAGGAGCAGCAGCAGGCGCAGGAGAAGGAGCAGCAGCAGCGGGUGGGGUGGUAGGGGAGGGAAUGGCACGGGACAGCUCAGCACUGCGAGUGGCUGCGAUUGAAAAUGACGUGGCGGCUUGGUCUGCCUUGCUGGCAGAGAGGGGUGGAGGCGGAGGAAGAGGAGGAGGAGGAAGAGUCGGAGGAGCAGCAGUGGCAGCAACGAGUGAUGCGGGAAGCAGCGGCAGCCACGAGCAGCAGGCACAUCAAGCCCUCCAGCAGCAUGAGCUGGAGAUCCAAUCCCACCGCAACCAGCAGCGAGCAGCAGGAGGGAGUGCACUGUUCGCCCCACACUCUUCCCUCCACGGCCAGCAGAACCCGCACACUCUCACUGUGCACCCCCCCUCACACUCUCACUCUCGCUCCUCUGCCACUCGGAGCUUUGGGGGGGCGUCCUCUCACUCGCCCGCUCCUCCCUCCCCACCUGUCAGGGGCGCAGGGCCGGAGGGUCUUGAGAGUGUGGUGGAGGGAGGAGUGGGAGGGGAAGGAGGGGUAAGAGGAGGAGGAGGGGGAGCGAGGGGAUUUGGGUCGUUUGGGUCGGGCUUUGGUGGUGUGGGCCGAGGGUCGGGAGGUGGCAGGCUCGGGGCGUUGAGAUCAGGAAUGGUAGAAGCAGGAAGAGGAAGGGGAGGAGGAGAAGGAGCAGUACAAGGGGGGAGAGGAGGAGGAGGAAGUGAGGCAGCAUCAGGGGGACCUGUGUUUGUGAACACAAGGCGGACAGAGGAGUAUCAAAAGCUACACCAAUCCUCUAGCAAUCUCAAACCACUGGGCCACCCUCCUGUCUCUCCGUCCGGAUUCGCUGCAUUUGGAAUGCGGGUUUCUGCAGCUGAGAGCGUCAGCGGCAAGCUCAGCGUUGGUGGCGGGGGUGGUGGUGGCGGGGGCAUUGGGGGGGGUGGGUUCACGUGGAUUCAGGGAGGGUUUGUGCGGCGAGAAGGGUCUGCUAGCCCUGCUGCUAGUGCUGGCAGCGGCGGUGCAGCGGCGGCUGUAGCGGCUGUAUCAGCUGGUGGUGGUAACAGCGCUGAUAGUGGUGGGGGUGGCAACAUGGGAUACGAUUUUGGGUACGACAUGGGGUAG